ACCUCGUUCUUAGUGAUUAGUCUGCAAUUUCUCUCCUUCACUUCCUUCAUCAUUCCUUCAUUUCCUGUCCUCCUCUCCUUUUUGUCCACGGUCUUGUCAUUCUCAUCGCCGUCCUCUUCGUCCUAUAAUUCCUCCUCCUAGACUUCAAUUUCCUUCCUCCUCCAUCCCCUUCCCAUCUUUCCGCUUCAGCUCCUCCUCCUCCUCCUUAUCCAUCUCUAAUCUCUCUUCUCUACCCCUCAUCCUUCCCCCCCCUCUCUCCCGGGGUGGUGGUGAGCGAGUCUCGAGGAGUUGAAGCAAGAAACGUUCUGGAGCUUAACCGAGCCAAGACGUUUCCUCGCCGACGGUCUGAACUGAGCCUCUCGCAGCGGCGGCGGGGGUCGACGGGGCGGGCGGGGGGCUGUUCUAACACACACCCAUGGCCACAGGACGCGACGGGGCAAACGGGCAGCGGGGCAAACUAAGCUGAGGGGACUUUGGCGAGGAUUAAGUGGCGGAAAAGUGCGUUUUGUGGCGGCGUGCGGCAUCAAAGCGGCGAGCGAGAGGCCCCACGCGGUCUAGGGAUGUGCUGUGCCGGUAGUGUCCCCCGCGCGGGCACGCUGAGAGUGUGUGCGUGUGUGUGCCGCGCCGUGACCCUCCACGCGACACACUCACUAGCCUGCCGGAGCGUGUGUGCGUGUGUGCGUGUGUGUGUGUCGCUCAGUUAGUUCGGUGUCGCGGAGGCUGGGAGGAGGAGGAAGAGAGGUCGCUAAGAGUACACGAAGAGCAAUCGGCGAGAGGGCAAACUUUCCAAACAAAACCCUUGAAGCCGCCACCACCACCGCCGCCGCUACUACUACUACUACUACUACUACUACUACUACUACUACUACUGCUACUACGUGAAGGACCACUAUCGACGUUGCCAAAAAGAAAAGUAAAAAAGAAAAAGUAAAAGGUAAAAAAAGGAGGAAAGUACUAUGCGGUUGCGAAGUCUACUCGUCUUGUUUGGCGUGUGUGUGGGGGCCGCGCGGGCAGGUGAGGGGGGCGGGGGGCUCGGCGCUCCCGUCCUGGUGCUGGAGCCCCCCUCCCAAUCCUACCUCACCAACGCCUCCGGCACCACCCUGCGCUGCGCCGCCCUCGGAAGCCCCGCGCCAUCCCUCACCUGGGUGGACGCGGCAGGACGCCCCCUCCAGCCCCAGCCCGGCCUCAGAGAGGUGCUCAGUGAUGGGUCUCUCUGGCUCGCUCCGGCUACCCACGGCUCCGGCCACCUUCCCCACGCCACCUACCGUUGCCGGGCUACCAACUCCGCCGGCACAGUCAUCAGUAGAGCCUCCACCGUUUCCACAGUGGUGACUUCGGGAGUGGACGUGCGGGUGGAGGCGUGGCAUGCAUCCGUGGGCGGCGUGGGUGUGCUGCGCUGCGUGGUGGAUGAGGGCGGGUGGGCUGUGGCGGCGUGGUUGAGAAGGGACCCUGCCUCAUCCACGCCCCUUCCCAUCCCUGACGCUGGACGGUACGUGUACGGCUCAGGUGGUCGUCUCUACGUGGGCGAUGUCACGCUGGAGGACGGCCAGGCAGCGUAUUUAUGUCGAGUGAGGCACCCCGCUAGUCUCUUGGCCCUCACCUCGCCGCCAGCCACUCUCACUGUCAUGGGGCCCCCGGCAAGGGACAGCGCUCCCCGGAUGAAGGAAAAACUCCCUCGUAUGGUAGAGGUGUUGGAAGGACGCCCAUGGACCCUCCCCUGCUUCGCGUACGCUCACCCUCCCCCCCACUACAGCUGGACUCGAGAGGGCGUGGGCGGAGAGCUGGGCGGCAUGGGCGGAGGCGGAGGCGGCGGGCGGGUGUGGGUGCGCGGGGCGGUGGUGGGCGGGGCGCGGGCGGGGGCGGGCGACGCGGGCGGGUACACGUGCGUGGCGGCGAACGGGGCAGGGACAGACACCGCCCACUACACCCUCACCGUUGUCCAGGAGCUUCACGUCACCGCCCACCCGCCCUACCAGGUUGCGGCGGCGGGGAGCAGGGCGUUGGUGGCAUGUCGCGUUGAGGGCUCUCCCGUGGCUGAGGUCCGCUGGUACAAGAACGGCGCGCCCAUUCUGCCUCACGCCCACGCCCAUAUCAUGCUGCAGGGGCGGGACACGCUGGUACUGGCGGGCGUGGGCGAGAGGGAUGCGGGCGUGUAUCAGUGCGUGGCGGCCAACAGUGUGGGAGAGGCUCAGGCUGGCGCCCAUAUCACUAUUAAAGACUCCCCGCCGACGCUCCGGGAGACCUUCGACGAGAGGACGCUGAGGGUGGGGCCGCCGCUGUCCCUCAAGUGCACCGCUCUGGGCCACCCGCCGCCCGUCAUCACAUGGACCCAGGACGGCCGCCCGCUGACCCCCUCGUCGGACCACUACGGCAGGCAGCGCGUGUCCCUGGGCUCGUGGGUGGACCCGGCCGGACAGGUGGUGAGCCAGGUGAACAUAAGUCGCGUCACACACCUGGACGACGGCCAAUACACCUGCACCGCCUCCAACGCCGCCGGCUCCACCUCCCACUCCGCCCCCAUCAACGUGAACGGUCCGCCCACCGCCCGCGGCACCUUCAACGUGACUGUGGUGGAGGGCACUGAGGCCAAGGUGGCGUGCCCCGUGGCCGGCUUCCCUCUGGUGGGCGUGACCUGGGCGCUGCACGGGCGGCCCCUCACGCCCACCUCCCGCCGGGCGCCACGCGGGGACACGCUCUUCCUGCAGCGGGUGGAGGCGGAGCAAGACGUGGGCCGCUACUCCUGCACCGCCACGGGUCCCCAAGGGCGCUCCGACACCGCCACCUUCUUCCUCGCCGUCGUCAAGCCUCCAGUACUGGCCGAGAUCAAGUUCCAGGAUGGUCUCGUGGAGGGCAUGCGGCUGUCGGUCACUUGUUCCCUUCUAAGCGGUGACCUGCCCAUCAGUCUCCGGUGGUCGCGUGACGGCCGCCCGCUGCCCCAAGACUCCAGCCUGGCGGAGACCCACUCGCAGUUCUUCUCCAAUCUCGUCUUCGCGGAGAUCAAGGGACGCCACGCCGGCCGCUACUCCUGCACCGCCUCCAACGCCGCCGCCUCCGCUACCGUCAGCUCCACCAUGCACGUCCAGGUGCCGCCGGCGUGGGUGGUGGAGCCGCAGGACGUGGCGGUGGUGGGCGGCGGCGAGGCAUCCCUAGAGUGUCACGCCCAGGGGACCCCCAUGCCCACCCUCACCUGGAAGAAAGCCACAGCUGGCUACGGGUCGGAGGAGUGGACGGCGGUGCGGGGGGACGGCUGGCGGGUGAGGUCUCGGCGUCCGGGCUCCCUCAGCAUCCGCGACGCCCGGGCCGAGGAUGCUGGCCGCUACUUGUGCCAGGCUGAGAACGGAGUGACGCCCGCCAUCUCCAAGACCGUCACCCUCACCGUGCUGGAGGGCGCACGUAUGGAGGAGAGAGUCGUGAACCAAUCCGUGGCCGUCGGGGAGCAUCUGACCCUCCGCUGCCCUGCCCGCGGUGACCUGCCCCUCUCCUUCACGUGGGCCAAGGACGGGGUGACGCUCUCAGGGGCCGGGGACAUGGAGGUGCGGCAGGAGGAGGGCGGAAGGACGUCGGUGUUGGUGCUCUCCUCGACCCUCCGCUCCCAGGCCGGCGUCUACACGUGUCACGCCGCGAACAGAUACGGCUCCGACUCCGCCACCUUCUUCCUCAACGUAGUCGAGCGUCCGGACCCGCCCAGCCACGUCCACGUCAAGGAGGUGAAGAGCAGGGAGGUGUCGUUAGCUUGGGCGCCCCCCUUCGACGGCAACUCCCCACUCACGCACUACCUCCUCCAGCACUGGGCGGCGCGCGACGCUGCCCCCACCCCCGCCAACACCACCCUGCCGCAGGACCUGACGGAGACCACGCUCAAGGGUCUGUCCCCCGGGCGUACCUAUCACAUGCAAGUCUUAGCGGUCAACGUCAGAGGUGCCUCGGCUCCCUCCCCCACCCUCAGCAUCACCACUCUUCAGGAGCCGCCCUCAGCCCCGCCCACGCACCUCCGCGCCCACGCCCGUCAGCCGUCUACUAUCUCCCUUACGUGGCAGCCUCCAGCAGCGCACCUGAGUCCCGGAGAGGUCACGGGUUACCAGGUGGGGUACGCGGAGGCCCCGGGAACAGGCGGGGAGGAGGGGGAGUACCGGUGGAAGAGCGUGAGAGGCGUGGCGCUGGCGGCGAAGGUGGAGGGGCUGCGGCACUACACCUCCUACAGCGUCACCGUCAGGGCAGUCAACCAGGUCGGGUCCGGUCCCUCCGCCCAGCCUGUCACUGUUACGACAACCCAGGGAGUCCCCUCAGCGGCGCCUAACGGGGUGGAGUGCGACCCUCUCUCCUCGCAGGCCAUCAGGGUGCGCUGGAACCCCCUGCCGCUCAACCUGUCCAACGGGCCGGUCCAGGGCUACAAGGUGUUCUACAAGCGGACCUCCAAUAUCGAAGGAGCCAACGCCGUGGAGGUGAAGCGAACGACCAACCUGGAGACAAGCUUGCAGGGCCUCGGGCGGUACACCAACUACAGCGUACGGGUGCUGGCGCUGACGGGGGCGGGCGACGGCGUGGUGUCUGCUCCUGUUCACUGCGCUACCCUACAGGACGUCCCCGGUCCGCCGUCAGCCAUCCGCGCCCUGCCCUCCGGCCCCCAAUCUGUGGUGGUGUCGUGGUUGCCCCCGGAGCGACCCAACGGCGUCCUGACACACUACACCCUGUACUACCGCCCCCUCAACGCCCACAGGCAGGCUCUCCGGACUGUGGUAGUGCCGGUGGAGGGCGCUGCAGGGGUGAGGUCGCCGUGGGAGGAGGUAAGCCGCGAGGUGGACGGUCUUGACGCCCACGCCCGCUACGAGAUGUGGGUGAAGGCGUCGACUCGUGUUGGGGAGGGCGAGGCCUCAAGAGUGGUGUCCCAAGCUCCUUCUACUACGGUCCCGGCCAGAGUGAGAUCCUUCGGGCAGGCGGUGGAGGUGAAGGCCGGCGCUCAGCUCACUCUCCCCUGCUCUGUGAUUGGCCAGCCCGCGCCCCUCGUCAAAUGGACUCACCUGGGCCGAGACACCAUCCCAAACUCACAGAAGCUUCCGGACCACUCGUUGCACCUGCCCGCCGUGAGCUCCGCGGCCUCAGGUAACUACACGUGUCACGCCCACAACCCCAGCGGGCGGGACCAGGCUCUGUGGGCGGUGAGGGUGGUGGAGACGCCCCCGCCCCCCACCCUUCGUGUCCAAUACUCCACCGAGACUACGAUUCACCUGUCCUGGCAUACCGCGGGCGACGGGGGGAAGCCAAUAACAGGUUAUAUCAUACGGUACCGGCUGGAGGGUGGGGAGUGGCUGGAGGAGGCGGUGGAGCCGGGCGAGACGACCCACGUGCUGCAGAAGCUUCGCUGUGGCUCCACCUAUCACCUGCAGGUUGCCGCGAGGAACCUGGUGGGCCGCGGACAGGCCUCGCGCACCGUCAACACCAGAACUCGAGGCGCUGCUCCCCGACAGCCGCGCCACCAAGACCUCGUGAGCGUCAACUCCUCCUCGGUGACGCUGCAGCUGUACACGUGGCCCAGCGGCGGGUGUCCGAUCGUCCGCUGGAAGGUCGAGUAUCGCGCGCACUCCGAGGCCUCCUUCAGCGCCGCCGCCUCACACCUCGCUGGGGACACGGACUCCUACACCCUCGGGGACCUGGCGCCCCUCACAUGGUACCAGCUGCGCAUCACGGCCCACAACACCGCCGGGGCCACCACUGCCACCUAUGAUGUUGCCACGGCCUCGCUGACUGGAGCCACCCUCGCGCCGGAGUCCGUGGUGGAGGUGGUGGACCGGCGCGGCUCUCCCCUUUACCUAGACCCGCACAUCCUGGCGCCCGUGGUCUCCGGCGUGGCCUGCACCCUCGCCCUCCUCCUCUGCGUGGGGCUUCUCGUCUCCAGAGGGCGUGCGCAGUUCAUGAAAGGUGCUGACGGUGGUGGAAGCAGCGGCGGCGGCGGGGCAGGAGGCGGAGGCGGAGGAGGAGGCGGAGGCGGCGGCAACACGUACAGUCGCUCCCUCGCGGAGAUCCAGAACCACCACAACGACAGCCAGGAACAGCUUUCGCCCCCGCCCGGCCCUCGCAGCAAACACGACGAGGCCUAUUCCGUGGACGAGCCCUACGAGAUCUGCCCCUACGCCACCUUCAGCAUGCCCCCGGGGACCGCCGUGCCCCCGGGAUCAGGGAGGGGCACACUCGACUACACAUUACAGUUUCACACCUUUGGCCACCAAGAGUGUUUCGAGGGCCAGCCCGCCCCCCCCAGGUCCUCCAUCCUGGGCGGCCGGCGGCGUGACGGGGGUGGAGGAUCAGCAGCCGGUGCCUCCGUGGAGAUCGCGUGCAUAUCCAGCCAGCAGACCCUCCCUAUCUCGUGCGUGCGGGGCGGGGUGCGGCGUGGAGUCAAGAAGGAGGUGGAGGAGGAGGAAGGCGAGGCUCACGGGGGUUCGGAAAGUGAGCAGGACACCAGUGGCAGUCCCAGCGGGGUGCGGGGCGGCACGCGAGACACGUACAAGGUGCCCGUCAGGCUCAGGCGAGGUGCUGACUUCAGUUUCCACCCGCCAGACUCCAGCACAGAGAGCAAUGACGAGCGUUCCCCCGUGCCCCCCCGCCGACCUCAGCACCUCCCCCCCACCCACCCUCAGCAUGCCUCUCACAGACUCCAUGCCUGUACACCUGCUCCAACACCUUCACAGGGCCUGAGGCCCAGCAGUACCCUGGACAGCGUGUACUCUGUGGAAGGGGCGGUUGGGGGACCCCUGCGUCCCCCCACUGGGUUCUCUGACUCCCGUGAGCUCUCUGAGGCGGAGUGUGACCGAGACCUGGGACAGGGAGGUCACAAGGGAAGGCCACAGCAGCAUGGCAGAUAUGGCUUGCAAGCUUCACUGGUAUGCUGCUCAUGUGCUUGUGCUCGGCUGGCUGGAAGCAGAAAAGGGUAACGCCCCACAGACACAUCUAGGCAAAGUGCACGGCAGAAGUGACCACCACCACAGCAGUUGAAGCAAGACUGAUCUACUUGGCUGACAGCUGAACUGCACUGCCUCACCUAACCCAGCCUCGCCUCUACCCAACCUCACUUGCAGGCAGUUUGUAUAGCAGCCUUGUGGAGGGUGCUUCCUGGAUGUUCAAACGCUGGACUUGAAGACGCCAACGAGUGAAGCGCCAACAUCACGGCCAAGGUGUGUGACUCCCUCUGAGCUCUGUGACUCCAUCAGUAAGAUCCUGAACCACCUGCACCGCCUGUCUGUGCCGCGCAAGUCAAGCUCUCGGGACCUCGGAGAACUGGCGGAACUCUUUGAGGAUUCCUGUACUGAGCUGCAGGUGUACUAAGCAGGUGCUCCCUCAGUAUGUUCAUCACAUCCCCUGUAGUGGAUUCACCAUUUGGUCAAAAUCUGUCCAUAUCCUUUGCUGCCAGAAAGGUGUCAGCUCCUGCAGGUCCUUUGCUCCUCUCUGCUCGGCCACACAGUCCCAACACCUAUCUCUUCCUCUCGUGUGUUACCUAUAGCUAACACAUGAGAGGAAGAGAUAUGCAUUGGGGCUGUGUGGCAGGGCAGAGGGGAGGAAAGGACCUGCGGAAGCCAAUGCAAAAACAAUCUUGCCAAUCUGGUUUCACUGUAGUGCCAACCCCACCUAGUCUUUGUCUCUUUUGAUUGGCUGAAGUGGCAGCUAAUCAUGGUAAACACUCACUUAUUUGCAGACAUCACAUGCAAAACUUCUCUACUGUUGAGUGCGAAUGGCCAGUUGGAAUUCUUGGGAAACGAUCAUAUUCGUAGUACAAAAAGUAUACGUUGCAAAUACAAUCUUGUCAUUGAAGGAUAUGGACAGGUUUUGGACAAGGUGAUGAACAACAAUGGACAUGAUGAAGAUACUGAGAGUCUGCAGAGUGGCUGUGAUGGGCAGCAAACACAAGAUUGAUGGCAAGAAGCAACUUUUUUCUGAGGGCCUCUGAAAUAUAUCUGACUAUAAGCCUUUCAUGUACACCAGUAAUAUGUUAAUUCUCUGUGUAUCUAACUUAGUUAAUAAAAUUUAGUUGACUUA